GUGUCUAACUAGUGAAACCGACAGAAAAUGCCACCAAACAUCCCAGGCACCCUGACUGCAGAGUCGCUUCGACGAAAGCAAGGAGACCAGCUAUGGAAGACUUCGGAUCAAAAGGCACAAAAAGAAGGGCCACAUCAUACAGUUUACUGGACGACGGGCGAGCGAUAUCAGGGCUCGUGGAAGGACAACAAGAAGCACGGCAAGGGCACGGUCAUUUAUAAGAACAGUGAUAAGUAUGAAGGCGACUGGGCGAACGACAUGCGGCACGGGUUAGGGACGCUCUGGCUCUACCGCGACGGCAAGUACGUGGUGCGCUACAACGGCGAGUGGCGGGCCGACCAGCCCACGGGUCAUGGCACGUUCUUUGCGGACAACGGCGACACGUACGAGGGCGAGUGGCUCAACGGGCGGCGGCACGGCAAGGGGCGGGCAGUGUACGGCGGGCGGCCGGUGGACGGCUUCGGUGGGGACGUGUAUGAGGGCUACUUUGAGAACGACGUCAAGUGCGGCCCUGGCACCAUGAUGUACGCCAACGGGGACGUGUACGAGGGGUUGUGGGCGGCGGACAAGAAGAACGGCACCGGCACCUACUUCUACAUGAGCAAGGGAAAGCGCUUCGACGGCGUGUGGGCGGACGGGGCCAUCAAGUGCGGCACCUACAGCGAGAUACACGCGCCGCCGCCUGGCACGCCAGGCGCGCUACCGCCCUGCGAGCUGCGCAACCCGGACAAGGUGCUGGCAGAGGCGACCAUGGAGGCCUCGGAGGCGGCCACGGAGGCGGCGGCGCGGGGGCUGUAGCAGCAGAGGCGGCAGCAGCAGUUGCGGAGGAGGAGCAGCGGAGGAGGAGGAGCUGAUGCCGGGGAGCUGGAGCCGGGGGCUGGAGUCGGGGGCUGGAGCUGGGGUUGCAGCUGGAGGGGGUUACAUGGGAUGGGGCGCUACUGGCGGUGUGUCCUGUCUAUCCGCUGACAGGGGGGAGGGGGAGGGGAAGGCGCAGCAGUCUCAGGCGCCGGUGGCGGGUCGGGGUCAAUGGAGAAGCACUCGCAUCGGGGCUGGUGCAUGCGUACAUGCUGUGUCAACACGGCGUACCUGGCAGCGGGGCGUAGAUAGUGGUAUGCCCACGCGCCCGGGACCCUUAAACUCAAUAUUUGACUGAAUUCAAUCCUGAUUGCGUAAAGGCGGGCCGGUAGGCCCGCUGCAGGAGUCUGUGAUGUGCAGCAGGCAAUCGCAGGAGUGUGCAGGGGCCCAGGCCCCUAGCAGCAACGACAGGCUGGAGAAUGCGCCACUGUUCACGAAAUUCAGUACGAACACCGUGGGUGUUUUGGGGCGGAGCCGUUGGGGCUGGGGGUGCCGCGAGGCAAUUUGGCUGAGAGCGGAGGUCUGAAACGUGCAAGGAAAUACUACGACUGUGGUUUUCCGCAUGUACAAAGGCGCUUCUGACAUAUUUGAAUCUCGCAGUAUCCAUUACAGCUUUCUGCGGGGUGAAAGACCGGGCUGCGAGGUCAGUGACAUGUCACUGUCAUGGGUGACACGAAUGCACAAACAUAAGUAAGGUCUAGUAAUAGCGCUACAGAGCUUAUAGGCAUUGAAUCUGGCAAGCUCAUGAAAGAAGCAGGAGAGACGUUAUAAGCUUGCUCAUAUCAACUUCAUAUUCCCUAGUGUAAGCUUGAAGUUUCUCCGUUGAAAUCACCCUUGAAAUGACAAGGUAUCCAUAGAAGUUCACGCGAGGCAGAAACGAGGUCAUUUGAGAAACAUAGAGGUUUGCACAGUCCCAGGGUCGGCGUUCGGGCGCACUUGGCGACUGAGGAGCUCCUUAAUGAAUGUAGAGGGAAGGUAGAGGGCUUGAUAUUAGCUUCCACAUUGCGGCAUGCCGCUUGCCAGGAGCUCAGGCAGGAUGGGGGCGUGGUCGUUCAAGGAACACGCAGUGUAAGCGCAGUGAUGCACCUUGAGAUGUGUACCCGUUUGUUGUCAGGUGUUGAGAAGCUGGGGGCUUGGCAGAGGUGAUUGGGUUGGGUUGGGGCCCCAUCGAAUCGU